AUGCUCAUAUUAUUCAAGUCACUCCUGAUUCUUACCGUGAAGUGUGCGAUUCAUUUCGGAUUAGCUGAAUCCGCUGCAUCCUUCUGCCCAUCUGGGCUGAAUGUGUAUGAUAAUUCGUUGUGCGGGAUUGUUAUUUCAGGAGGAUUUACUUACUGCCAAGCGCAUGCGACAUGUCACAAUACCGGCCUGAUCCUAGGACAACGACUGUUCCUAAUGGCAACAAAUGUGACAAGAUUCAUCAAAGAUCCAGGUUUUCCACCGACUGCCCAUACCAGCAUCAAUACACUCCUAGUGCGUAACGGUAACAGCCGAGCAGGCUGGCGAAUCGGCACACCAGGUUAUUCGGCCUUUGUGACUUCCACCACGACUGAUCUGCCGUGGUACUCAAAUCAACCCAACGGACUUGGCGAGCGUGUUCUGUCUCUUCUGUACGCUGAAUUGCACGAUAUUUCACAAUUCGAUAGAACGGAUCCAGCGGUUUGUGAAUGGGCUGGUCCGGGAAGCACGGUUGAAAUCGUUUCCGGAGUGGAGAAAUUCGAUGCGCAGUUUCCUCAGCCGCUGUCCAGUCUGUUUACGCCGGAUGCGGCUAGUAUGGGCUGUUUUCGUCAAGUAAUAAGUCAUUCACUGCUAUCGUGUGCAUACAUGUGA